AUGUUGGCUUCAGAUAAUAAUCCUCAAGAUGAACAUGCUCUCCAUGAGCUUGUAAUGACUCAGAAUGAAUUGAAUUUAAGGGAGGUUCAACAUAGUAUCAUGAUGAAGCAAAAAUCAAGAAUUCAAUGGGUAAAAGAAGGCUCUGCAAACACUAAUUUUUUCCAUACAAAUAUUAAAGUAAGACAAACAAGAAAUAUGAUAUGUGAAUUGGAGGAUAAUGAAGGGAAUUUGGUAGUUGAUCAAGAAAAAAUUGCUGAUAUUCUAGUUGAAUUCUUUCAGAAAAGGUUCCAGUAUCAAGAAGUCAACAUCAAUGAGUUAUUAUUAGAUGUAAUUCCUCAAUUAAUAACAGAAGAAGACCAAAAUAUGCUUGACAGUGUUCCAAGUUCAGAUGAAAUUAAGAAAGCAGUCUGGGAAAUGAAUGCAGACGGAGCACCAGGUCCUGAUAGUUAUUCAGGUAUUUUUUACAACUCUUGCUGGGAAAUCAUUAACAAAGACUUUGUGGAAGCUAUACAAUAUUUUUGGAGGAGAAAAUACAUACCAAGAGGCCUCAACUCAAUUUUUUUGGUAUUGUUGCCCAAGACUCAAAAUGCUAAGAAACCAAAUCAGUUUAGACCAAUUGGUCUAAGUAAUUUCAGUUUCAAAGUAUUCACUAAAAUUUUAUCAACAAGAAUGAGUGGUUUGAUGAGUAAAUUAGUAUCAUCUCAACAAGCAGCAUAUAUAAAAGGUAGAAAUAUUCAUGAACAAGUGAUGUUGGCUUCAGAAUUAGUCAAUGAAAUGAGACAUAAGAGAAGAGGUGGAAAUGUUGGCAUGGAGCUUGAUAUUUCACAAGCUUAUGACUCUGUAAACUGGAGUUUUCUGUUUCAAGUUCUUAAAAAAUAUGGUUUUUCUGAAUCAUGGUGUGCUUGUCUUCAUGUCUUGUUCUCUUCAGCCAAAGUAUCUGUUAUGGUCAAUGGUGGUCCAAAAGGAUUUUUCUCAAUGGAAAGAGGAUUGAAGCAAGGUGAUCCCCUUUCUCCAAUUUUGUUUGUUUUGAUGGAGGAGGUGUUAAGUAUAGGAUUAACAAAACUUGUUGAAUCAAGAGAACUUCAGCCAAUGAUGGAGAUUACUUCUUUUCCAGAUAAGUACUUAGGUGUUAUACUAAAACCUGGGAGAGUCAAAAGCAACACAGUUUGGCCAAUGAUGGAGAUGAUGGAAAGUUAUUUAGAAGCAUGGAAAGGCAGAUUACUAUCCUUUCAUGAUAGGUUAGUUCUUAUCAAGUCAGUUCUCUGCAGUAUUCCAAUUUAUAAUAUGGCUGUUUAUAAAUGGCCAAGUUCUAUCAUCAAGAUUUGUGAGAGAAUUAUAAGAAAUGUUUUAUGGACUGGAGAUAGUGAGGAAAGAAAAUAUGAUACUUUAAAGUGGAGUAAGGUUUGUAAUCCCUAUAAUGAAGGUGGCUUGGGUAUUAGAAGGUUAAUGGUCACUAAUAAAGCACUUUUGAUGAAGAUGAUGUGGAAAUUACUUAAUUCAGAAGAAGAUUGGGAAAAAAAAUUUACGAACAUUCCUUCUAAUCCGCAAGGUAUAAUUCCUAUUCCUUUACCUUCAGUGAGUGGAGGCAAAGACAUGGUAGUGUGGUGUGGAGAUGUGAAAGGAGUAUUUACUACUGCUGCUGGUGUUGAGAAAAUUAGAGUCAAAGAACCUAAAUUGCAUUGGCCUUAUCAGAUAUGA